AUGACCCAGACCGGCCCAGCAGCCCCGGCCCCAGCCCCGGCCCCAGCCCUCCCGCUGAUCGACCUGAGCCCCUACCUCGCCCCGCAACACCCAGGGGACCGGGAGCGCGUGGUGGAGCAGGUGCGCGAGGCGGCGCGGCAGCACGGCUUCUUCCAGGUGACGGGCCACGGCAUCCCGCUGGAGCUGCAGCGCGACCUGGUGCGGUGCAUGGACAAGCUCUUCGGGCUGCCGCGCGAGGCCAAGCUCGCCAUGUCGUUCCUCGAGAACCCGUGCCGGCGCGGCUACGAGGCGGCGGGCAUGUCGCUGCGCGAGGGCGACGCGCUGCCCGACGCCAAGGAGUGCUUCUUCCUGGCGCGCGACGACCCGGCCGUCGAGCUGUCGGGCUUCUUCGGCCCCAACGUGUGGCCGCCCGACCUGCCCGACGGCGACUUCCGCCGGCCCGCGCAGGCCUACUACGAGCACAGCGUCGCGCUGGGCAAGACGGUGUGGCGCAUCCUGCUCGAGGGGCUUGGCCAGCCGGGCGACCUGGUCGAGGCCUUUGCCGCGCGGCCCGUCGUGCCCAUGAAGAUGAUCCGCUACCCGCCGCACCGCACCGUGCGGGCGGGCCAGCUGGGCAUCGGCGCCCAUACCGACUUUGGCGGCGUCACGGUGCUGUUCCAGCAGCCCGGCAAGGACGGGCUCGAGGUGUGGGACGACGCGCGCGCCGCCUGGAUCCCCGUGCCCGCGCUCGAGGACGUCUACGUCAUCAACUGCGGCGACAUGGUGCAGCGCUGGUCCGCCGGCGCGUACAAGAGCGCGCGCCACAGGGUCCUCAACAAGGCCGACGGCGAGCGUCUGUCGUGCGCCACCUUCUGGCACGGCGACAUCAACGCCAGCAACCCGCUGCGGCCCCACGAUCCCGACCGCGAGACGGUCGGCCAGCUGCUGGUCAAACGCUUCCGCAGCCAGUAUUCCAUAACCAAAGAGGCAGUAGCUCAGGUUGGCUUGGUUUGA